AUGAGGGUGCAGAGCCAGUUUCGAAAUACUGGUGGCUCGUCCUCGCAAGUGUUCCACCCGAAGCCUUUGUCAGCUCCAACCACUGCCCCGUUUUCGUUCGAAACCUCAAAGUUCAGCUUGCCAGGGCCUUCCCAAACGCCGGAACAAGUGGCCCCUCGUCCGACGAAAAGAGCCCGUGUCGCCCCCGUCACGUUCUUGAAUGCCACUGUUGAUUGUACGAAGGAUGGCCGACGCAUUACGUUCAAAAGCGACACGGCCGAGUCAACCUCCGCUGAAUCCUCAGGAGACAACACAACGCAGCCAGCAAAGCCCGCAGAAAAAGGGUGCCGAACCCGCCUUGGACCAAGUCAUCCUGUGAAGCUCUCCAGCAAAAUCUACGCCGACGUAUGGAUUCGUAUUCUUAGCUUUUGCGAACCCAAAUUUUUGUUGGAAGCCAAAACAAUCGACAAGUUCCGCUACGGCCUGCUGUCGGACCAUUCCGUGAUCUGGAGAGAGAGUAGGUUGAACUACUACGGCUGGGAUAUGCCAGAUUGCCCUAGAAACCUGACGGAGCAAAAAUACGUUGAGCUCAUGGCUGGUCGUGGGUGCCAGAACAGCAGAUGUGCCAAGGCAGACACUCACAAAGUGCAUUGGAUCUUUCGCGUUCGCUUGUGCAGCGGAUGUUUGGCCCAGAAAAUCAUGCGGGUCGAAGAGCUUCCUUCCCGGCGACAGUACUUUCUUCCUAAUACUUGCUAUGAAUUGAAUUCUGGGAAUGGACUCGCGCUAUGGGAAUUGUUGCCGCUUGCACGACUGGACGGGAGAGACUUACAUCCCCUCAAAAUCGACGAGGACUCGAAUAAUUGGGCCUUCGGUCAAGGCAAUCCACGUCGGUUUCGGUUUCUGAUGUCCUCGUACGCCGAACUCGAAUCUGAGUACAAGCAGCUCGACAAUUCCGGUGCUGGGGAUGAGAUUAUCAAGGCGUGGGCAGAUAUGAAACAUGAGGAAACCAUGGAAGUGAUGACCCAUGCCAUCAAGCUUGAAUCGUGGUGCAAACAGCACAUCCUUCACAAGCACACCACAGAGGCCCAAGACUUGCGGCAGAUCAGAGCCAUUUACUUUGAAGCCCGUGCCCUCGAGCGGUCGCCGCCAAUGGAGAGAAGGGUAUUGCACAAAAUGGCAGAUUUCCAGAAAGCGCUCAAGAUACGUGCCCAACCAACAGAGCGGUCCUGGGAUGCGCUCAGACGGAAGAUUGAGCCGUAUCGAUCCCAUGCGGAGCAAGUGCUGGAGUUCGAACUACUGAUGGAAUCCUUCCUUGACAAUCUGCCACAAGUCAAGUUGUUCAAGGAGUUGCAUGAACGCCGGCAUAGGAAAAGAGGCUCACAGCGCACUUACCAGCUGGAGCAGGAAUAUAUCCUACGACUUGGCCAAGCCGAAUUUGAUCGGUGUAUAAAGAACCAUGUCGCGGACGAAGACCUACUCCUGCUGUGUCUUCAAAAUGUCUUCGACACAUACAGUACUUUGGACCAUCAGCCUUAUGGAUUCAACUUCGAUGGUACGUUUGGUACAUACCGUCUAAGCCUCGACGAUGCCAGGAUGAUCGUGGAGGAUGUCAUUGAAAAGCAGAUCCCGCGCAAUUCUACUCGGGGACGGGUCGUGUUCCCGAAUCUCAGAUGCAGGGGUUGUCGCCGGACAGACUAUGUCCGAUCGUUCUCUUUCGUCCAGGCCUUUGAGCACAUACUCGAGAAGCAUGCCAGGCAUGUAGGCGAAGGUCUUGAAUUUUAUCAGUUCGCCCGGCCGUACCCUAAGACAUACAACUCGUGGGCUUCACCAGAUGAUGAUGCGAUCGACUUCAGGUUUCCCUGGUACACGACCUUCUGGCCGCGGACCCUGCCUCUUGUCCCUCGUCAUUGCGAGCCGUCAAAGAUGGAACACUGGCAUCCCGCAGUCCCUACCGAGUUCAUACAGGCAAAGAAACCUCCUAACCAAUCACCAUUUGGAGGACGGCGGCCGUGCGUUACAGGCAACCCAGACGAUGCAUUCGCGUUGAACCUGGUUUACGCGACCGAAAAGCUCUUUGGUCUUGCGCUCGAUGGGCCUUGUCAGCUGAAAAUCGCUCUAAAGUUCGCCCUUGAUCUCUAUGCGAAGAAACAUACGAGCGACCCACCUGUGUCAAAUAUUAUAACAUGUCUGGACCUCCUGCGGACUGUAAACCCCAAGAUUGACCUCAGAUUCGGGUGCGGAAUUUGUGGAACCGAAGACAAGGUAUACCGAAGCCUGAGGCAAACAAAAUACCGCAAGGCCGUGGAACAACUGGAGAAACACUGGACGAGAAAGCAUCACGGUGGAUCGAUCGGCUGGACCAAAGGGAUGAUACAACUUCCUUCGGAAAGCGAAGUGUGGCAGCAGAUUAUGGCCUCGGACAAGAAGCUCCGCUCCGAGCAAGCGGCGCUGAUGCAGCGAGAAAUGACCCGGCAUAAGGACAUCAAAAAGCGAGCGCAUGCAAAGGCCAACGCCAUCUUGCAACAACGGGCCGCAGAAGAGGUGUUUGAUCAACUAUUCCCACCAACAGCAAUAAAUGAACGGACGGAAACAUGA